CAAAACUAUAAACAAAUUUUCGUUAACCUCAAUUUGUAGAAGCUUAUAAGAAAAUAAGCGUUUAUGUUUUGCCUACUCCAGUAAAAUAUACAAAUAAAAAAAUGAGUAGUGGGAUGCUUUAUGGGGGCGAUGAAAUUGGAGCUUUGGUUUUCGAUCCCGGGCAUCAUUCUCUUCGGGUAGGAUAUGCUCAAGAGGAUACUCCAAAAGCUGAAAUACCAUCAGUUAUUGGAGUAGCACCGGAACAAAUAAAAUUAGAACCAGAAGCAAAAGCAGAUGACAGCAAUGUUUCCUCUACCCCUUCAUCAUGGAAACACUAUAUUGAUACCAUAUACUUACAUAAACCAAGGCCUAAUAUGGAACUUCAUAGUUAUAUGAAAGACGGAAUGAUUGAAAACUGGGAUUAUUUUGAAAAAAUGAUGGACUAUUCUUAUUCUAAGAUCAUUCAAUCUGAAUCACAUUUUCAUCCAGUUCUGUUUUCCGAAUCCCCUUGGAAUCAACGACAAAAACGUGAAAAAUUAACUGAGAUUAUGUUUGAAAAGUACAAAGUACCAGCAUUUUAUCUGGUAAAAAAUGCAGCUCUAGCAGCAUUUGCCAAUGGCAGAGCAACAGCUCUUGUUAUUGAUAGUGGGGCUACUCACACUUCAGCUGUGCCAGUAUUAGAUGGUUAUGUCAUUUCUAAUGCAGUUGUAAAAUCUCCUUUGGGUGGAGAUUAUCUAGUUCUGAGGGCUAGAGAAAUGCUUGAAAGUUUGGGAAUUGAUUUAACUCCUUCUGUAUUGAUAGCGAACAAAGAGGUUAUAAGGGAUAAGGACAAGCCAAGAUAUACAAAAAAGACAUUUCCAUUCGAAAUAACAAAUAGUUGGAUGACUUAUAUGACAAAAAAAACUGUACAAGACUUCCAACAAAGUGUUUUACAGGUUUCUGAAUCUCCAUAUGAUGAAAGAGUCGCUGCUAGUAUUCCUAUGGUACAUCAUGAAUUCCCAACAGGUUAUCAUCAAGAUUUUGGCCCAGAAAGAUUCAAGCUAGCCGAGGGAUUAUUCGAUCAUGCCAUGCUUGGAGCGGGAUAUAUUGCCGCCACUAGCGCAGGAAUGUGUGAUGUGGACAUUCGUCCAGCCCUUUACAGUUCAGUAGUUUUAACGGGAGGAAAUUCCCUUGUACAGGGAUUCAGCGACAGACUCAGCAAAGACCUCUCGUCAAGGACACCAGGAUCUAUGAGACUGAAAAUGAUUGCUGCCAAUGGGACCGUAGAGAGGCGGUUUGGUGCUUGGGUAGGAGGUUCGAUAUUAGCAUCCAUUGGCACCUUCCAACAGAUGUGGAUGUCAAUGCAAGAAUACCAAGAAUGCGGUAAAGCCCAGAUAGAUCGGAAGUGUCCCUGAAGUUUGAACUUUUCUGCAUGAUUAUUUCUUACAGUGAUAUUUCCGAUACAAACUUCAUUAUGUGAAUUUGAUUCAUAUUGAACAACUGUAAUUGUUUUAAAAAUAAGCUCGAAUUAUAUUCAACCCUUAAUUUAAAUUUAUUAUAAGAGAAACGUACCCACCAUCCUUAAAUGAAGUGUACUCCAAAGAACACUCGAGUAAUAUAUUCGCCUAGAUGUGAAAAAUAAUUUUUGUAAUUAAUUGAUCAAGGAAAUAAAAAAAUAUGCAUUAGA